AUGACCAGGACAGCUCACCACCCUCAUCCAACACCUUCAUUCCCCGUCUACUGCCUGGACUGGGCAGAUGACGAUACCCUCAUACUAGGUGGGGGAGGAGGAGCCAGUAGGAGUGGUAUACAGAACAAGCUGAAAGUAUGUAAGGUGACUAAAGAUGGCAAAUCGGUGAAAUACCUAUCGGAAUAUACGUUAUCGAAUGAAGAGGAUGCGCCUAUGACCUUGGCUAUUGAUAGGAAAUCAAAACAAUUGAUAACUGGUGUCAACGGCUCUUCGUCAUUGGUGAAAGAAGGGAAGAACGAACAUUGUAGAGUAUAUUCAUACUCUGAUGAAAAAGUCGACUUUGUAAAAGGUCAAAAGACGAUACAAGCCGAAUGGUCGGACGAUUACCCUUAUCAGAAACUCACCUCACUCUCACCUUCAUCGAAAUUGUUAGUAAUAGGAACGACCGACGAUAAAGUCACAUUAUUACAUUACCCUUCGUUGGACAUUGCCGUACCGUCUUUUCAGACUGAUUCGGAGCUGGUCGAUCUCGAUUGGGGAGGAGAGGAUGGUGAUUGGUUGAUAGUCACCACUACGAAAUCGAUACUCCUGUAUCAUGUUAUAAGUCAGGAAAAAGAAACGGAGAAACCAAAAUUGGAAUUGAAGCAGACUAUAUAUACACCGAGUUUGGACAUAAAUCCAGUUGCGUUUAGAUCUGCCAAAUUCUCCCGAAACCCUCUCACUCCAUUGACGAUUCACGCCGUCCUGAACGCCACCAAAUCCUCCAAACGCGGUGCACCAAGGAGAUCAUUCGUGGUAUCUUUCGGACUGGUCUCGGAACCCUCCAAAGCCCCUCUGACGAAAGAGGAGAUCAAGACAUCUCAGGAGAAAUCUACACCAGGAGAGCAUCAGGAGACGGAGGGAAGUCUGGGUAAAUGGGAUGUGAUUUCCAGGAGGGAAGUUGGUGGGAAACCAGUUACUGUCUUUGAUGUUAGUGAUGAUGGUAAAUUACUUGCGUACGGUUGUUCGGAUCUAUCAAUCGGUAUAUUGGAUUCCAAGACUUUAGCUCCCCUUCUUAAAAUCCUUCACGCACAUUCCUUCCCACCUACAGCUCUGAGAUUCAAUUCAUCAGCUUCGUUGCUCGUAUCGGCAAGUGCAGAUAAUACAAUUAGAGUAAUUGUCGUACCUCCUUCUUUUGGCGGAGUAUCGAUGACAGUAGUUGCCUUUUUGUUGGCUAUAUUGAUAUUGAUACUCGCUUUAGCUCUCAGACGAUGA